AUGGCAAAAAGUGGACAAACAAGUGUUUAUACAGGCCCAUUAUUCCUUCCUAAAGAACAAAUAAUGAAAUUUAUGCUUAUCGGCAAAAGCGAAUUAGCAGUACCCACAAAUUUCUUUAAAAUAGCUAUAGUAGAGUAUUUAAAUGAUAUUGGAGAGAUAAAUUAUUGGAUUGAAGCAUUUGUUCUUCCAAAUGAAUUUAAUGAAUUGAUGAUUAAAGAAAUUGAAAAAGAAAUUUCUUUAUAUAAAUUAAAGGAAAAAUUGCCUGAAUUUGUAUUCAAUUGUCGAAAUGCCGGUUAUAAAAUUAAUCAAAAAGAAAACUCGAAAAGAAUUAAUAUCCACAAUUUGAUAGCUAAUUAUAGCGAAUCUGUUGACUUUAUUGAGCAAAAUUCUGAAUUUAGAAUUUUGACUAAAAUCAAAAAAGCAAUUAAAAAUUUAAAAGGAGGGCAUAAAUUCCAUAAAGAUAAAGCUGGGGAAUUUCAAAUUAUUAAAGAAAAAGUUGUGGAAGAAAAAUAUAGGAAGGAAGAAUUAGAAAAUUUAGAGGAUGAACAUGAGGAAGAUGAAGUUUUAGAGAAUAUUUCGGUUAAAGAAACAAAUACAGAUAAAUUGAAGACACAAAAGACAGAUAAAUUGUAUGCCAAAAAUGAUAAGAAAAAGAAAGAAGAUAAACGAGAAAAAAGAGUAAGUUUGGUGUUGAUAACAUCGUCCUGA